AUUUAGCCUUGGUCCACGAUGCAAAUUAAUGAUGUCAAGUCUUGUGCGUUUGAUUACUGGUACGAUUUGUUCAAGGAUGUCACUGAAGAAAGGUACGCUUACUUUGUAAGAAAUACUUUGCUUCCUUUCAGUGUCAUACUUCCCUUGCCAAAAGACGUAGUCAAAUCUCUUCUAGAAGAUAGGAUCAUCCUACCGAAGAGCGCACGUCUCCACGAACCACAAUCAGAAGACUCAGAUGAUGACUGCGAAGUCUGGACGGACGAAUCAGAGGCACCAGAGCGUCCUGAAUUUCCAGAAUUUGAGGCAAAAGUUUCAGACGCUAUCGCACAGCUUGGUGGAUGCGUAUUUCCGAAACUGAAUUGGAGCGCGCCAAAGGUUUCUUCUCGGUAUACUGUUUAUCGUUUUCUCUCACAGGAUGCAUAUUGGUUGUUGGGUGAUAACUCGCUUAGGUGUCGGAGUUUUACUGAUGUCUACCUUGUCCUCAAAGCGUCCGAUUUUAUUGCGCAUGAUCUCACUGCUCCGUUGUUGCACCUCGAGAAAAAAGACGCUUCAAACAGCUUUGCCCUCUGUACAGAUUUCCCAGUAGAAAACUUACAUGAUCCAGUUGAAGACUACCAACCACAACUCGUAGUCCGACGUUGGAAAGAUUGUCGACCAGAUUCAGAAUUUCGCUGUUUUCAAUAUCUCAGCGCCAUCAUGACGCCUACUUCGAGUCGGCAGUUCAUCAUAAGGAAUCAAUCGAGAAGAAGUUAUGUACUUUCUUUCAGAAGCACAUUCGCGAUCAUUUUCCGAUUUCCGACUUCAUCUCGGAGUCGGGUCGACCUUAUUGAUUUUAAUGUAUUCGGACAACCAACGGAUUCUCUCCUGUUCUCGUGGACGGAGUUGGAACAGGUGUCCACGACGGAAGAGAUCCCUCAGCCAGUAUUCCGAGUUCAAGAAGACCCCUCAAUCCGACCAAAUGCUUUCAGACAGUACAGCGUGCCCGUCGAUUUGAUUGACAUUGCGUCUGGUUCCGAUCCACGCAAGAUGAUGGACUUUGUUCAGGCAAUCGAUGUAUGUAAACAAUAUAUUAAGGCACAAGGGUGUCUAAGGACGUUUGGCGUUGAUGACACUAGGUUAGCAGACGAAAGAAAGAAAGCUUUCAGCUGUAGCACCCUUCCGUCAGUAAAUUUGCGCUCUAACCACUUGGGCCCAAUACGACGAAUACAUGCGCUCAGCCCACCACACAACGAUGAGGGAAUGAAACGUUGGUAA